AUGGACGUGAGCACCACCUCCAACGUUGUCGCCCUUGGUGUCGUGGCCCUGCUCGUCUGGGAUCGUCUUCGCAGGAAGAACCCCCUUCCUCUGCCUCCUGGCCCGAAACCGAAGCCUAUCAUAGGUAACUUGUUGGAUAUUCCCGCUCCUACAGACAAGGCCUGGUUGACGUAUCACGAGUGGGCUCAACAAUACGGCGAUGUCGUAUACGUGGAGGCCCUCGGCCAGAAGAUGCUUAUCCUCGACUCGUUGGAGGCCGUCAACGACUUGAUGGAGCGCCGUUCGGCGCAAUACUCGGACCGGCCUGACUCUCAAAUCAUUAAACUGAUGGAUUUUGGAUGGUUGCUCUCCAUGAUGCCUUACGGCGAGAAGUGGCGCAAGGCUCGCCGCAUGUUGCAUACACACGUGCACUCCGGUGUUGUCCCGAGAUACGAAGGCACCGUCGAGCGCCGUGUGCGCCAAUUCGUGCAAGGGCUGAUGAAGGAGCCUGAUCACGUCAGCGAACGUAUCCGGGAGUCCUUUGGCGGCACUAUCAUGAAACUCCUGUACGGUUACGAUAUCAAAGGGAAGGACGAUCCGUACGUCGGCACCGCCGAGGCCGUGUUGCAUUGGCUGAAUAUCUCUGCCAUCCCCGGCCGGUACUUGGUGGACCUCAUUUCGCCGUUGAAAUAUGUGCCGACGUGGUUCCCGGGAGCACGGUUCCAGAGGGAGGCUGCCAACUGCCGUACUCUUCACGUCAAGGCGAGGAACGAGCCGAUGGAAUUUGUAAAGAAGACCAUUGCUGACGGCACAGCUCCUCCGUCCAUCGCGCAGCAAAUGCUGGAUGAGAUGGAGCCUGGCGAUACGGAGACCGAACAAUUGAUCUACGACCUUACUGGUAUUGCUUAUCUCGCUGGCAUGGACACCACUGUCGCAGCAGCCGUGGCAUUCUUCCUGGCUCUCGUCGUUUACCCCGAGGUACAAACGAAGGCCCAGGCCGAAAUCGAUGCUGUCGUAGGACGUGACCGUCUCCCUACCUUCGAGGAUAUGGAGAACCUUCCUUACGUGCGCGGAGUGGUCAAUGAAGCGCUGCGGUGGCAACCUGUCGUGCCUCUCAGUGUACCUCACGCAGCGAACGCUGACAACGAAUACCGUGGAUACUUCAUUCCUAAGGGCACGAUCGUCAUGGGCAACGCUUGGGCAAUCUUGCACGACCCCGAAGCCUACCCUGAUCCGGAGAGGUUCAAUCCCGAGCGCUACCUCAAGACUACCUCCGAAGGCAAGGUCGUCUACGACGACUCUGUUCGAGACCCUCGGGUUGCUUGCUUCGGGUUCGGUCGUCGGAUUUGCCCAGGAAGGUGGCUUGCGGACCAGUCGUUGUUCAUGACCGUCGCGACGUGCUUGGCGACGUUGAACGUUACCCGUGCUGUCGACGAGAAUGGCAAGCCCAAGAUCCCCGUGGUCGAUGUUACCUCCGGUCUGCUCUCUCACCCCGGGCACUUCGACUACGUGAUCAAGCCGCGCUCUGCCAAGGCCGAGGAGCUUAUUGCUACCUCCGUUUCUCUUUCGGCGCCCUGA